CGUUCGUCGGCCUAAAACUGCGCCUGCGUACUGCGCUGCUUCCUCUUGGGGUCCGACCGGCUUGCGGCAAGAUGGCAAAACGCACCAAGAAGGUGGGAAUCGUCGGUAAAUACGGGACACGUUAUGGUGCUUCCCUCCGGAAAAUGGUGAAGAAAAUUGAAAUCAGCCAGCAUGCCAAGUACACUUGCUCCUUCUGUGGCAAAACCAAGAUGAAGAGACGAGCUGUGGGGAUCUGGCACUGUGGUUCCUGCAUGAAGACAGUAGCUGGUGGUGCCUGGACCUACAACACCACUUCUGCUGUCACAGUAAAGUCUGCCAUCAGAAGACUGAAGGAAUUGAAAGACCAGUAGAAGCUGCACACUUUGAAACAUUGCUAGCCUAUAAUAAAUGGGUUAAUUUAUAUAACAACAUUA